AUGGCGUCCUUCAAUCCGACUCAGAUCUUUGGAGACGAGGUGACAGAAGAAAAAGGCGAAAAUGCGCGUCUCAGUGCUUUUGUGGGUGCUAUUGCGGUGGGGGACUUAGUCAAGAGUACCCUCGGUCCAAAGGGUAUGGAUAAAAUACUACAAUCUGCAUCUACCGGAGAAAUACUUGUCACAAAUGAUGGUGCGACUAUUCUGAAAUCCAUAGCCUUGGACAACGCAGCUGCAAAAGUCCUGGUCAACAUUUCAAAGGUACAAGAUGAUGAGGUCGGAGAUGGAACGACUUCAGUCACUGUUCUAGCGGCAGAGCUGCUGAGAGAAGCAGAGAAGCUCGUCGAAAAGAAGAUGCAUCCACAAACUAUAAUAGAGGGCUACCGAAUCGCUAACAACGUUGCCCUAAAAGCUCUGGCAAAAAUCGCGGUUGAUCACAGCAACGAUAAAGCCGCCUUCCGAAAAGACCUGACCGCGAUCGCGAGAACAACGUUGAGCUCAAAAGUCCUAAGUCAAGACCGAGGUCACUUUGCAGAGCUAGCAUGUGAUGCUGUUCUACGUUUAAAGGGAUCCACCGACCUAAGCCACAUACAGAUCAUCAAGAAGUCAGGAGGAAAGCUCAGCGACUCAUAUUUAGACGAAGGAUUAGAAAACGCAAAAAUACUCGUCGCAAACACAGCCAUGGACACAGACAAAAUCAAGAUCUUUGGGGCGCGAGUGAAGGUAGAUGCAACAAGCAAAUUAGGUGAACUGGAGCGAGCAGAGCGGGACAAGAUGAAGGCCAAAGUCGAGAAAAUCAAGAGUCAUGGUAUCAAUUGCUUCGUCAACCGACAACUCAUCUACAACUGGCCCGAACAACUGUUUUCCGAUGCUGGCAUCGUCUCCAUAGAACAUGCCGAUUUCGAUGGCGUUGAGCGCCUAGCCUUGGUCACAGGAGGAGAGAUCGCAUCGACGUUCGACCAUCCGGAAACGGUCAAACUUGGGCACUGUGACCUGAUAGAAGAAGUGAUCAUUGGUGAAGAUACUUUAAUAAAAUUUUCUGGGGUGGCCGCUGGACAGGCAUGUACGAUAGUUCUUCGAGGAGCGACAGAGCAAUUGCUUGACGAAGCAGAGCGAUCACUACAUGAUGCGUUGGCAGUGCUAUCACAGACCGUUCGGGAACCCAAGAUUACGUUGGGCGGAGGCUGUGCGGAGAUGCUGAUGGCGAAAGCGGUGGAGCAGGAAGCGCCGAACGUGGCUGGCAAGAAAGCGAUCGCGGUGGAAUCAUUUGCAAAGGCACUGCAACAGCUACCCACCAUCCUAGCAGACAAUGCCGGAUUUGAUUCCAGCGAUUUAAUCGCACGGCUUAAGAAGGAGAUCUACGACGGUAAAACAACGUCUGGGCUGGACCUCAUGACGCCCGGAGGUGGCAUUACUGACAUGAGGGAAAAGGGCGUUGUUGAAGCGUAUAAGCUCAAGCGUGCGGUGGUGAGCUCGGCGGGCGAGGCGGCGCAGCUAUUGUUGAGAGUUGAUAACAUCAUUAGAAGUGCGCCGCGGAAGAGGGAACGGAUGUGA